AUGUUCUCCCGAACUGCAUUCUCGGCCUUCCGCCCUAUCGCGCGGCCAACAUCUCUGCGCCCCGUCCGCGCCUCCGCCCCGGCCUUCCAACUUCCCUCCAUCCUCCACGCCCGUCUCCUCUCUACCGAGACCAAGGCUGCCAUCGACAAGGCAGUUGGAUCCGCCCCCGUCGUGCUUUUCAUGAAGGGUACCCCCGAGACCCCCCCAGGCGUCGACCCUAAGAAGUUUGUCGCGUUCAACGUGCUCGAGGACCCAGAGCUUCGUCAGGGUGUCAAGGAGUACUCCGACUGGCCUACGAUCCCCCAGCUGUACCUGGACAAGGAGUUCGUUGGCGGAUGCGACAUUCUGAUGUCGAUGCACCAGAACGGUGAGCUCUCGAAGAUGCUCGAGGAGAAGGGUGUCUUGGUGGCGGCGGACCAAUAA